ACAUAACAAUGGUAGAGAGAGGAAAAGAAAUUGAAUCUCCAUUCUCCACUGUUUUUUUUUUUCUUUUUCUUCUUUUAUAAAAAAAGUAUCAAAAUUUUUGCAAGGCAAAACCAUCCAAAAUUGAUCCAAGAACAGUGAGAUACUAUACUACAAGUCCCCAUUACUUCACAGCCUGUAAGCAAAAAAAAAACACCUUGAAAAUCCGUGAGAAAGCCGACAAUUUCAAGAUAAUUCCAAGCAUCCCAUGUGGGAUUCUUCCUUUUCUUCCUCUCAUCAACUCUCUCUUUGUUAUUGUGUCACCACUUAGUAGUUCUUCUUUGUUUUCUUUUUUCUGUAAUUUUUUCCCCUCAUUUUCUCUUCCUUUUUUUAGUGUAAGAGUCACUUUAACCAGAGCCAAAACCCAGUUCGAAUAUGUGGGAAUCAGAGACUGAAUCUGUCAGAGGUAGAGAGUAUGGCAAUGGUGUUCUUAGCUCCAACAAACAUGGUGUCAAAACUGAUGGGUUUGAACUUAGAGGCCAGUCCUGGUAUGUUGCUACUGAUAUUCCAAGUGACCUUUUAGUUCAAGUUGGAGAUGUCAAUUUUCACUUGCACAAGUAUCCUAUGCUUUCUCGAAGUGGAAAAGUGAAUAGGCUUAUAUAUGAAUCAAACAACCACCCAGAUUUAAACAAAAUUGCUUUGGAAGAUCUCCCUGGUGGACCCGAAGCAUUUGAGUUAGCAGCUAAAUUCUGCUAUGGGAUUGCAGUGGAUUUAACAGCAGGGAACAUAUCUGGUUUACGAUGUGCUGCAGAGUACCUUGAAAUGACAGAGGAUUUGGACGAAGGUAACCUUAUAUUCAAAACCGAAGCGUUUUUAAGCUAUGUGGUGUUAUCUUCAUGGAGGGAUUCGAUACUAGUGUUGAAAAGCUGUGAGAAACUGUCGCCAUGGGCGGAGAACCUUCAAAUUGUGCGGCGCUGCAGUGAGUCUAUAGCUUGGAAGGCUUGUGCUAAUCCGAAAGGGAUUAAGUGGGCGUAUACUGGGAAACCAAGUAAGGUUUCGAGUCCGAAAUGGAAUGAUUUGAAGGAUUCUAGCCCCAGUAGGAGUCAACCUGUGCCUCCAGAUUGGUGGUUCGAGGACGUUUCGAUCCUUAGGACCGAUCAUUUCGUGAGGGUUAUUACGGCGAUCAAGGUGAAGGGUAUGCGGUUCGAGUUGAUCGGGGCAUCGAUCAUGCAUUACGCGGCGAAAUGGCUUCCAGGGUUGAUAAAAGAUGGUCAGGGUCAGGGGCCAGCGGAUGAUAUGAGUAUUAGUACCAAUAGUAAUAGUAGUGGCGGUACUGGUAGUAGUAGUUGGAAAGGCGGACUACAUAUGAUUGUAGCCGGGACGAAGGACGAUACUCCAUCGAUUCAGGCUAAAGAUCAACGGAUGAUCAUCGAGAGCCUGAUUAGCAUAAUCCCGCCGCAGAAAGACAGCGUUUCCUGCAGUUUCUUACUUCGGCUUUUGCGGAUGGCUAACAUGUUGAAAGUGGCACCAGCUUUGGUAACCGAAUUGGAGAAACGAGUCGGGAUGCAGUUUGAACAAGCUACUCUGGCGGAUCUUCUCAUUCCUUCUUACAAUAAAAGUGAAACCAUGUACGAUGUGGACCUUGUUCAGAGACUAUUGGAACAUUUCCUUGUUCAAGAACAGACGGAAAGUUCGAGCCCGAGUAGACCGCCUUUUUCGGACAAACACAUGUAUGAAGGAACACAAAGGAGCAAUAAUCCGAAUGCCAAGAUGAGAGUUGCCAGGCUUGUUGAUAGUUAUCUUACGGAAGUUUCGAGAGAUCGAAACCUGUCAUUGACAAAGUUUCAGGUACUGGCUGAAGCUUUGCCGGAAUCUGCAAGGACCUGCGAUGACGGACUUUAUCGAGCUAUCGAUUCCUAUCUUAAGGCACAUCCGACACUCUCCGAACAUGAAAGGAAGCGACUCUGCCGUGUCAUGGACUGCCAAAAGCUCUCGAUCGAUGCCUGCAUGCAUGCUGCACAAAAUGAACGGCUCCCCCUGCGAAUCGUGGUACAAGUUCUCUUCUCGGAGCAAGUGAAAAUAAGCAAUGCAUUGGCCAACAGCACACUCAAAGACCCUGCGGAAACUCAAUACCAACCAUUGAUACCGAACCACAAGACAUUACUCGAAGCAACGCCGUUAUCGUUCCAAGAAGGAUGGGCAGCCGCUAAGAAGGACAUCAACACACUCAAGUUCGAGCUCGAGAGCGUCAAGGCCAAGUACCUCGAGCUCCAAAACGACAUGGAGAACUUACAACGACAAUUCGAAAAGAUGUCGAAGCAAAAACAAACAUCGGCAUGGACAAGCGGAUGGAAGAAACUGAGCAAACUCACCAAGAUGACAGCCGUGGAAAACCACGACAUCGGACCUCAAAUUUCGACGGCGGCAGAACAGACUCGAAAGACGCCGAGAAGAUGGAGAAAUUCGAUUUCGUAAAAGAGGUGCCUUAAAACUCUACAUUUCCCAUCAAGUGUUAGCCUUCCCUCUUAUUUUGUCUUGAAAUUUUUGAGGAAAUUGCAGUGUUGAUGUUUUACAGUGAUUACCAUGAUAAAAAAGAAAAAGAAAAAGAAAAAGCCACCACCAUGAAAAUAACUUCAAAUUGUCAUUCAAAAUUUGUUUGUGUUUCUAUGUGAUUUUGUUUGAUGUGUUCA